AUGGUUUGUCUGGUGGUGGGUGUUCUGCUGCAGGGACAGGAAUACCUCUUCCUGCAUUCUUCCCAGAAAUUCCAGCAACAAACUUGGCGUUGUCCGCAGGAUCUCAGGCUGAUCGCUCGGGACCCGGAGAAGGUGACUGAUCAUCUGAGACUGAUCAAAUUUGUCUCACCUCCACCUCAGUUCAUUCGAGACGGGAGGACCCUCUCCGUGGACCAGGAAGCUGUCACCUCAAGGUCCAACGAACUCAGAUUAACAGAAAACAUCCUAAAUUCAGGACGACAGGUUGCCAGUGCACAGCCCUCAGCGGCCUCAGGUCCUCUACAUGACAUUAAGCCUGGAGAUUUCGUGGUGGUAAAGAACUUCAGGAGAAAGUCUUGGAGACAUCAUCCAAGUCCUCCUGGUCGCUCACACCGCUGUGAAGGUUGCAGAACGUGCUACUUGGAUUUACGCAACACACUGCAGAAGAGUUCCACCCCCUGGGGGUACAACCACAGCGACAGUAGGAGAAUAAUCAGUGAUGUGCUAGUAACCUCUCACUGUAGACUAGGCAUACAGACGUGCCAAGGCCACACAUACAUUCACAUAGGCCAGAAGAAGCUGACUUCAAACCCAGAAAAUGGAAAGACCACGCCCAUGGCAUCCAUUCAGACAUCCAGGCUUCUGUGGCAUCAGAGUAACUGUGAGCAUAAUGAUACUGUUAACCUUUCUUUUCACAGGUCCCAUUCUGUGGUGGGAAAAGAGAAAUGCUGAAUCUGCCCUGACUGAACUGACUCAGACUCAGACCUCGACCCUCUUGAUGACAAAACCAAUUUGUAAAUGAAGGUGAUCAGUUUCUCAGUAUGAUGUGUUUUGAAUCCUUGUGAAUUAACACAUUUGAUGUUGUUGAGAAAUUGAAUUAUAUAUAAUUUUCCAUUACAUUUCCCUCCUUUUGAUUAUAAAAA